GCACGUGAAGCUCCUGGCCCACAGUGAAUACCCCUCCUUUGGCUCAGACCACCCCCGGGGCCAUCACUUGGGUCAUGUUCUCAUAGCCAGGAACAUGGGACGGUUUCUUGGGUAAUGUGCCCACGGUCACCCCUGGGGCCACCACUUGGGUAAUGUCCCCACAGCCACCCACAGGGCCAUCGCUUGGGUAAUGUCCCCACAGCCAUCCCCAGGGCUAUAGCUUGGGUAAUGUCCCCAUGGCCACAUCAGUUGAGAUCAGAUUGCUCAACGUGGGCCAGUAGCGGUGAUCUGAUAACACUUCCCUGAGAAGGAAGAACCCAUCACCCACUCACACAACGGCCAUGGGGGUUGCGACACACAAAUCACCCAAAACAGCAGGCUUGCACCCCACAGCCCCUCACUCUUCUCUGAAGGCAUCUCCAGGAGAUCACUGCAGCUUGCUAUGGCCACCUACAAGGUGACAGUGGCAACAGGUGACAUGGUGGAAGCUGGGACCAACAACUCCAUCUCCAUCACCUUGGUGGGCAGCAAUGGUGAAAGCCGCCAGACCACCGUCUCCUUCUUGUUCCUGCCAGGGAAGGAGAGGAGCCUGUCUGUGCACUGUGGGCAGGACUUGGGCCCUAUUGUCCUCAUCCGCCUGCAUAAGUGGCGGCUCUUCCUGGAGGAUGCCUGGUUCUGCAAGGACGUCCGGGUGACAGCCCCCAAUGGCACCCUGUAUCGCUUCCCCUGCUACCAGUGGCUGGAAGGGGUCACCACGGUGGAGGUGCGAGAGGGCUCAGGGAAGAAGCUGGUGGACGACAAGCUGCAGAUCCUCAAGGAACAUCGUCGUCGGGAGCUGGCAGCACGGCAGGAGGCUUACCGGUGGAAGAACUACGCCCAGGGCUGGCCCCGUUGCCUCAGCGUGGAUUCCAUCUUUGAGUUGGACUCCAACAUCCAGUUCUCCCGCAUCAGGGCCACCAACUUCACUGGUUUCCUCAUCUUCCAAGGGGCCUCCCACUUUCUGUCAGGGUUCCUACUGAGACACAGCUCCUGGAACAGCCUGGAUGAGAUGCGCACCAUCUUCUCCCGGACACAGGGCAGGGACAUUGUCCCUGAGUAUGUGGCCAAGCACUGGCAAGAAGAUGACUUCUUCGGUUCCCAGUUCCUCAAUGGCAACAACCCCAUCGUCAUCCGUCGCUGCACCACGCUGCCGCUUAAAUUCCCAGUGACACCAGAGAUGGUCGCUGGCUCACUGGGAGGUGGCACUGACCUGGGCAAGGAGCUGCAAGAAGGUCGGAUUUUCAUUGUGGACUACAAGCUGCUGGAGGACAUCCCAACCGACACCAUUUACGGGCGCCAGCAGUACAUAGCGGCCCCGCUCUGCCUGCUUCACCAAGGCACCGAUGGGCUCCUGCGCCCCAUUGCCAUCCAGCUCAGCCAAACACCAGGACCCUGCAGCCCCAUCUUCCUGCCCAGUGAUGACGAGUGGGACUGGCUGUUGGCCAAGACCUGGGUGCGCAACGCUGACUUCUACAUCCAUCAGCUCCUCACCCACCUGCUGAGGACUCACCUGUUUGGGGAGGUGUUUGCCAUCGCCACCCUGCGCCACCUGCCCACCUGUCACCCCUUCUUCAAGCUCCUGAUGCCCCACUUCCACUUCACACUGCACAUCAACACCUUGGCCCGCAGUGUCCUCAUAAACCAGGGUGGCCUCAUUGACAAGGGUUCUGGGGUGACCUAUGAGGGGCUGCUGCUGGUGGUGCAGCGAGGCCUGGAGCAGGUGACCUACACAUCCCUGUGCCUCCCCGAUGACAUCCGCCAACGUGGCAUGUCGGACGUCCCCAACUACCACUACCGAGAUGAUGGGUUGAGCCUCUGGGAAGCCAUUGAGAGCUUUGUCACCGGCAUUGUGACAUUCUACUAUGGUGGGGAUGCAGCGGUGAGCGGGGACACCGAGUUGCAGGCCUGGGUGAUGGACAUCUUCACCAAUGGCUUCCUGGGCAGGACCUCCUCAGGUAUUCCCUCGUCACUGCAGACAGUGGCAGAGCUCAUCAAGUUCCUCACCAUGGUGAUGUUCACCUGCUCGGCGCAGCAUGCGGCUGUCAACAAUGGGCAGUAUGAUCUGGGGGCCUUUGUCCCCAACGCCCCGUCCUCCAUGCGCCACCCACCACCCUGCGAGAAGGGCCGGGCCUUCCUCCAGCACUUCCUCGACACCAUUCCUGAGGUGUCCACCACUGCUAACAUCCUGGUGGCCCUCAUUCUUCUCAGCUCCCAACUCAAGGACAGGAGGCUUCUGGGACAAUACCCAGAAGAGUGGUUCACAGAGGCGGAACCCCGGCGGCUCAUCCGGGCCUUCCAAGGGCGGCUGGAGGAGAUCCGGGACCGGAUUGAGGAGAGGAACCAAGUGGCUGAGCUGAGAUACAACUACCUGAACCCACUGGAGACGGAGAACAGCAUCUCCAUCUAACCACAGGAGCUGCACCCACUCAGCACCACCAGCACUCCCAGCACCUGC